AUGAUUGUGAUAAGUGAUGGAGAUUUACUCCGGGAAGCAUUGAUUAAACAAGCUAAUAUCUUCUCCGAUAGGAAAGUCAAUGGAUUAAUAUCAGUCUCGUUCCCCGUUGAAGGAAGUAUAGCGUGGCAGAAUGGCGAUCCCUGGAAGGAGCACCGGCGCUUCAUGAACCGAACCCUCCGCACCCUGGGCAUGGGACGCAGCCUGAUGGGCAAACGCAUCAACGAUGAGUGCCUCAACAUGUGUGACUACGUGGACAAGCUGGAGGGAAACCCCAUCAACCCCGAUCAAAUGAUGACCACCAUGACAUGCAACAUCAUGAACGCCGUCGCGCUGGGGAAGCGUUACGACUUCAACGACCCGCGGUUCGUGAAGCUACGCCGGGACUGCAAGGAGAUCCUUGACAAUCUGUCCAAUACUUCAAUCUACAACAUGUUGCCUUUCCUUUACCAUACGCGCCUCUGUAAGAGAUAUAGAGAAGCUGUAGAGAAUGUGACGAUCUACGUCAAGAAUGAGGUCAUCGAACACGACAAGUCAUUCAACAAUAACUCUUUACGCGACGUCAUCGAUUACUACCUCAGAGAGGUCAAGAGAGGGUCAAGGGUCACCGAUGAGGAAGACGACGACGACGAGAAAGAUAAUGAACACACGUGCAGUUUCAUCAACGAUCAGUUUUGUUGGAGAGGGGUGUUGGAUCUGUUGAUCGCUGGUGUAGACACGACGUCCAACCAUACGAUGUGGACAAUGCUACACAUGGCCUACUACCCCGAGAUCCAAGAAAAGGCUCAAGCACAAAUCGACCAGGUUGUCGGUCGUGAUCGUUUACCGACCCUCGAUGACCAACCACGUCUCCCGUUGGUUACGGCCAUCGCUCGUGAAGUUCUUCGUACGAGUAUAGGGACGACCACCGUACCACAUCAUACAACCCAAGACACGUAUCUCAAGGAGUUCUUCAUCCCGAAGGGUACACAGGUUCUGGGGAAUCUGUGGAGUUUAAAUCAUGACCCGGAAGUUUUUGAAGAUCCCUAUGUAUUCCGCCCAUCAAGGUUCUUAGCAGAAGACGGCAGCUUACAAGGUCUUUCUGACGUCAAGUCGUUCGGCAUAGGUCCCCGGAAGUGCCCUGGUGAACCCAUGGCCCAGCAGGAGUGUUUCCUGAUCAUGGCCAUCCUGCUACAUCGGUACAACCUCGUCUUUCCCGAAGGUGACCCGAUCCCCGACAUCCGAGGCCGAGUCAAAGGCAUGAUGCUCCUCCCUGACAAAUACAGGCUCAGGUUCAUACGCCGAUAGUCAACGAAACAUUCCGAAACAUUCCGAGUACAGUGAAUCGCACGCCGAAUGAAUCGAAGGAAAAAAUGAGCAUUCGAAGUAUGUAUGCUGAUGUUUCUCCGGCGCAACGCACUCAGUCUACAAGCUAAUAUAGUGAAUAUUGUUUCCGAAUAUGAAGAAGGUUAUAGAGGUGCCUUUCGUGAGGAUUAGAACCCGGAUGUAAGUCAUUUUGUGAGAUUUCAAAAGUUCUCGACUCGAGAUUCGAGAGUGGCCGAGUGUUUCUGAAUGUUUCCGAAUGUUUUCCGAGUGUUUCCGAAUGGGUUGGGAUUGACGAAGUUGACGAUGGUCGUAUCGUGAUUUACACAAUUGAAAAUGUAAUCACUACUCAAACUGGUCGCCUUUACGAAGUUGAAAAAGACUUCGUUUUUUUAAGAGAGAGAGAGAGAGAGAGGAAAGACGUUCGUUCACAACAGAAUACCUAUCAACACUGGCAUAUAGCUCGCAGACAGGAUCCAUACUACAUAAUUAUGCGAUAGGUCGAGGGUUCGCGGGCCUUCCUUAUAUAUUCUGACUUCUUCAUCCGGGAAGGGGUCGCCCCCUUAUCUCUUAUUUCUUGAUAGGCUAUGUUAGCCUCUUUUUAACUAUAUGGCUACUAAACAAGUUCACUAUUAACGCUUUUAGCUACUCCUUAAAAAAAAA